GUUGUUUUUUGCCCAGGAGGCCGACUUCUCCGAGCGGGUGCCGGCUGCAGGCAGGGGAGGGGGGGGCGCUGUGCUCUCGCAGGUAUUGUCCUAGGCAACAGAACACACAGUGAAGAGUACGGACAAAAUCCCCUGCUCACAUAGCUGAUGAUGUCUUCCAGCCUCAACGCAUUUAGAGUUGGGAUCUCUUUUGUCACAAUGUGCAUUUUUUACAAGUCACCUGUACACUCUCUACAAGAAGUGAGUCCUCAGAAAUACUUCAGUACAUUGCAACCAGGAAAAGCCUCGUUAGCUUAUUUUUGUCAAGCUGAUUCUCCCAGUACCUCUAUAUUUCUGGAAGAACUGAAUCAGGCUGUUAGACCUCUCCAGGACUAUGGAAUUUCAGUUGCAAAGGUUAAUUGUAUCAAAGAAGAAACAUCAAAAUAUUGUGGAAAAGGAAAGGACUCGAUGAAAGCAUAUUUGUUCAGGGGCAACAUACUGCUCAGAGAAUUCCCUACUGACACCUUGUUUGAUGUGAAUGCCAUCGUUGCUCACGUUCUCUUUGCUCUUCUUUUUAAUGAAGUGAAAUAUGUUACCACCCAGGAAGACCUUCAGAAUACAGAAAACUCUCUGAAAGGAAAAGCAGAUAUUGUAUUUUCAUAUGUACGAGCCAUUGGAACGCAAGAGCACAGAGCAGUCAUGGAAGCUGCUUUUGUGUAUGGGACCACAUACCAAUUUGUCUUAACCACAGAAAUUGCCCUCCUGGAAAGUAUUGGCUCUGAGGAUAUAGAAUAUGCACAUCUUUACUUUUUCCAUUGUAAACUUGUAUUGGAUUUGACCCAGCAAUGUAGAAGAACGCUAAUGGGAAAGCCACUGACGACACUGAACAUUCACCUGUUUAUUAAGACAAUGAAGGCACCUUUGUUGACUGAAGUUGCUGAAGAUCCUCAACAAGUUUCAACUGUUCAUCUCCAACUAGGAUUGCCACUGGUUUUUAUUGUUAGCCAGCAAGCUACAUAUGAAGCCGAUAGAAGAACUGCAGAAUGGGUUGCUUGGCGUCUUCUGGGAAAAGCAGGAGUUCUACUCUUGUUAAGGGACUCUUUGGAAGUGAAAAUUCCUCAGCAUGCUAACGUGGUCUUCAAAAAGGCAGAAAAGGGAGUACCAGUGGAAUAUUUGGUGUUACAUGAUAUUGAUUUAAUAAUAUCCCAUGUGGAAAAUAACAUGCACAUCGAGGAAAUACAAGAAGAUGAAGACGAUGACAUGGAAGAUCCAGAUAUGGAUAUCCAAGAUGAUGAAGUGGCAGAAACUGUUUACAGAGACAGGAAGAGACAAUUACCUUUGGAACUGACAGUGGAACUAACAGAAGACACAUUUAAUGCAACAGUAAUGGCAUCUGACAGCAUAGUGCUCUUCUAUGCUGGUUGGCAAGCUGUAUCCAUGGCAUUUCUGCAAUCCUAUAUUGAUGUGGCAGUUAAAUUGAAAGGCAUAUCCAGUAUGCUUCUAACUAGAAUAAACUGUGCAGAUUGGUCUGAUGUAUGUACGAAGCAAAAUGUUACUGAAUUUCCUGUUGUAAAGAUGUACAAGAAAGGCAAGAGCCCAUUAUCUUAUGCUGGCAUGUUAGGAACUGAGGAUCUUCUAAACUUCAUCCAGCUCAAUAGGGUUUCGUGUCCAGUGAACCUAACAUCCAUCCGAGAAGCAGAAGAGUAUUUAAGUGGGGAAUUAUAUAAAGACUUGAUUUCCUAUUCUAAUGUGUCAGUACUGGGACUAUUUAGUCCAACCAUGGCAUCAGCAAAAGAAGAUUUCACUGAAGCAGGAAGCUACCUACAAGGAUAUGUUCUCACUGGAAUUUAUUCUGAAGAUGAUGUUUUGAUACUGUCAAAUAAAUAUGCUGUAACUCUUCCAGCCCUGCUGCUUGCCAGACACAAAGAACAAAAAAUAGAGAGUAUGCCGCUAGUUGGCACCAGUGCACAAGACAUGGUUCAAAUAAUAACAGAUGCAUUACUAGAAGCUUUCCCAGAAAUCACUGUGGAAAAUCUUCCUAGUUAUUUAAGGCUUCAGAAACCAUUACUCAUUUUGUUUAGUGAUGGCAGCAUAAAUCCCCAAUAUAAUAAAGCAAUAUUAACACUGGUGAAGCAGAAAUACUUGGAUUCACUUACUCCUUGUUGGGUAAAUCUAAAGAAUACUCCUGUGGGGAGAGGAAUCUUACAGGCCUAUUUUGACUCUCCGCCUCCUCUUCCUGUUCUUGUUUUGGUGAAUCUACAUUCAAGUGGCCAUGUAUUUGCAUUUCCUUCUGACCAGACUAUAACUGAACAAAAUCUUAUAUUGUGGCUUAAGAAAUUAGAAGCAGGAUUAGAAAAUCAUAUCACAAUUUUGCCAGCUCAGGAAUGGAAACCUCCUCUUCCAGCUUAUGAUUUUCUAAGUAUGAUAGAUGCUGCAGCACCUCAACACCCCGCCAGGAAAGUCCCUGAGUGUAUGAAAGAAACAGAUGUGCAAGAGAAUGAUAAAGAACAGCAUGAAGAUAAAUUGACAAUAAGAAAAGAACCGAUUGAAACACUGAGAAUAAAGCACUGGAAUAGAACAGGCAGUUUCCCCCUCCAGAGGGCGAUUUCAGGAGACAUUUUUGAUGUUAUAACUAGGAGUGCAACUGGCAUCUGGUGAGUAGAGGCUGGGGAUGUUGCUAAAUACCCUGUAUCGAACAGCUUAUCGAAAGAGAAUUAUCUGGCCCAAAGUGUUGGUAGUGCCAAGGCUAAGUAACCCUGUGGUAAACUAACCAGUGGCAGACUAAGCUUCCUGAAUUUUCUGUCACUAUAUAAUGACAGGGAAAGAUUAGACCAAAAUUAAUUUUUCAUUCCAAAUCACUUUCUUGUUAGACUUCCCUCUUUGUAAUACUUGUUUAUCUCACUGUUUGUUCUGUGCAUUUUUUGAGCCAUUUGUUGAGAAUGUCCUACUUCGUACUCCACUAUGUUUCUCCUUGUAAGGGGGUCUUUUUCUUUAUAACUUUUCCACCUAUGAUUUGCCUAAUAUUGAGUUUCAUAACUGGAAUUUAAGAAAUCAUAAGCAGCUAAAUUUUAAUAAAUGUAUGUGAUAUAUUUCAUUGUA